UAUCUUCAGCAGUAUCUCCUUUCAUGUUAGUAAGAUGGCCUUGCCCACAGUUAGGUGUGUACCUGCCUUUAAAGAAAUAAGAUACCUGUCAGUUACACUGCUAUGACCUCAGGUUCUAGAAUAUCAAGGCAACAUUCUUUAGGUGUUUCAUUUUGGAUUGAACCUAAGUUUAGAAUCAGGCAGCUUAUUGUUGAAGGGAAAAAGGAUAUCCCAAGAGACAAGAAAAUACCUAUUAACUAUGGAUUGGUUUGGAAAUGACUUCUGUAAGUUUCCUGAGGAUGUUUCCUUUCUCAACACACGUGCACCUCUGUUGCUUUCACUCAUAUCAUCUGAAGAUGAACAACAUUUUAUCUCCAACUUGAGGAGCCGUGCACCAGCCCAGGCUGUGGUGAAGCAGCCUGUCCGGGGAGCCAGCGGCAGGACGGCAAUCACAGCCAUUGUCCGGACUGGUGGGGACUGGAGCACCGGCCUCUUCAGUGUCUGCAGAGAUAAGAGGAUCUGUUUCUGUGGUCUCUUUUGUCCCAUGUGUCUUGAGUGUGACAUCGCCAGGCAUUAUGGAGAGUGUUUUUGUUGGCCAUUGUUACCUGGGUCCACCUUUGCACUGAGAAUUGGCACCAGAGAGAGACAUAAAAUAUGGGGCACCCUGUGUGAGGACUGGCUGGCAGUAUACUGCUGCUGGCCUUGCUCCAUCUGCCAGGUGGCCCGGGAGCUCAAGGUGAGGACCUCCCAACUCUAUGAGAUCUAUACGGCCCCUUCAACCAAAGAAACUUUUAUUUGAUAGAGCAAGAAAACUCCUCCUUCCUCACUUGCCCACACCCUCCUCUUAAAUCCCUCUUGUGGAGAGAUUGUUCUUAAGUUUUCACUGAAGUAGUACGAAAAUAAACGGCUUCCCACUACUGUGUUUACUGUUGUCCUUUCUUCACACAUAGCCCUGAUGAAGACACUUACUUGUCUGAAGUUGCUGUCCCAACUCAGCCAUGUUAGGCAGGUUAGAGAGGUAAGCUUUGUGCCCUCCACACCCUGUCUGGAGUUUGGAAGGUUGAAUUUCACCCCUCAUCUUCCCCUUUCACAAGGGAUGUCUGGGAAGCUGGAAGAAUUGUUAAAUGGCUUUCUUAUGCUAAGCCUCUUUUCCCAAAGUAUCAAUGAUGGGGCAGAAGAUGGUUAAUUUAACUUUUGUUUUAUCUUAUUACUUUUAAAUUUUUAUUGGAGUAUGGUUGAUUUACAAUGCUGUGUUAGUUUCAGGCGUACAGCGAAGUGAAUCACAUAAGACCUGGACUGGGCCCUAAACACCACUGUAAUACAGGAGCACUGUCCUUCCUUUGUCCUGACUCCUUCAGUCCUGACUGCAUAAAGGAGACAGCCUCAGCUUGUUGCUGACUUUGAACAACUCUCCAGUACUUAUAAAUCUUUAGCCCCAGACUCAAAGCCUUAGGUGGGCAGCUGUUGAAUUGUGCCCCUCCCCCAACCCCUUUCUGCCAAAGAUAUGUUUAAGUCCUAACUCCUGGUAUGUGUGAAUGUGCCCUCAUUUGGAAAUAGUCUUGCAAAUGUAAUUAAGAUGAGUUAGUAGGGUGGGCCCUAACCCAAUAUGGCUAUUGUCCUUACAAGAAGAGAUGAGACACAGAGGUAGAGACACACAGAGAGAAGACAGCUGUGUGAAGACGGAGGCAGAGACUGGAGUGGUG